AAUAAUUUGUGCGCUUUUUCGAAGGUGUAAUCAAUGAGAUGCCGCUUGCACAUCUUGGUCAACCAUUCCUGAAGGCAAGCGAUGUCACGAAUGAGUUAAAGUGCAUAUCUAUAGAUGACGCACCGGAUGUUGGUUGUCAAAAGGUCGAUGUUGCCGAGGUUGAAGUGAAUAUUGAAAAACUAGCCCACAAUACAGAAAAAGUCGAUCCAUCAUGUUUUGAUCUGCUUUACGUCAUUGGUCAAGGGUCUUUUGGGAAGGUAUUUCUUGUGAGGAAAAACAAUGGAAAUGAUAAAGGAACUUUGUAUGCAAUGAAAGUACUAAAGAAGGCUGUUUUGAAAGUUCGUGAUAGAUUGAGGACAAAGCUAGAAAGAGAUAUUUUAACUAGAAUUAAGCAUCCAUACAUUGUUGAUUUGCAUUAUGCUUUUCAAACUGAGGGAAAGGUGUAUCUUAUCCUGGAAUUUUUAAGGGGAGGGGAUCUUUUCUCCCGCUUGUCCAAAGAGUACAUGUUUACAGAAGACGAUGUGAAAUUCUAUUUGGCUGAAAUUGCAUUGGCUCUCAACUAUUUACAUAGUCACGGGAUAGUUUACAGAGACCUAAAACCUGAAAAUGUUCUACUGAAUGAAGAUGGUCAUGUACGUUUAACUGAUUUUGGCCUAUCAAAGGAGUCAAUUUUUGAAUCUGCUGGUGACCGAACGUAUUCAUUUUGUGGAACAGUUGAAUAUAUGGCUCCAGAAGUUGUAAGUAGACAUGGACAUGGUACCGCUGCCGAUUGGUGGAGUUUCGGAGUACUUAUGUACGAAUUACUUACUGGUAUGCUGCCUUUUCAUAGUGAGAGUAGAAAAGAUACAAUGCAAAUGAUUUUAAAAGCUAAAUUAUCAAUGCCACAGUUUCUUAGUCCUUCGGCUCAAAGUUUACUACGUGCUCUUUUCAAACGAACUCCAUCGAAUCGGCUAGGAUAUGGACCUGAUGGAUUUGAACAUUUAAAAAGUCAUGAAUUUUUCAAUACAAUCAAUUGGGAUGAUUUACUAAAUGGUUGUAUUCAACCACCAUUUAAACCUCCUUGCUCAUCAAUUAAUGACAUCCUAAAUUUCGAUUCAGAAUAUACAUCACGUACACCACAUGACUCGCCAUGUCCACCAGCCAGUGCAUCAGCGCAUGCGUUAUUUCGUGAAUUCAGUUAUAUAGCUCCUGGAUUUUUUGCAGAGCAUAAUGAUAAUCAUAAUACCACAACUACAAAUAAUUGCAACAACCAUGUUAACCUUAAUAAAGAAGUAUUGAAUGGAACAAAUAUCACUUGUCUGAGUUCACCGAAAGAAAAAUUCAAUUAUAGUUCUCGACACGAUGAUGAUCGUGCAAAUCCAGUACAUGUUCCAGAAGAUCUUCCACCCUUAACUCCUACAGUGGCAAGACGUUUUCUUCGCUUAGUUGGCUUGUCAGGUGUAAAAUAUAAACCAUUUUCAGUCGAUUAUGUCUUAUUAGAGGAAAUCGGUAAAGGCUCUUUUUCAGUUGUACAUAAGUGCUGUCAUCGAAAUACAAAUGCUGUUUGCUCUGUUAAGAUUAUUGAUAAAUCAAAACGGGAUGCCCGUGAGGAAGUUGAAAUAUUGCUUAGACACCAUAAUCAUCCAAAUAUUGUUUCCGUUCGAGAUGUUUAUGAAAAUGAGAAUUUAGUUUAUCUUGUUAUGGAAUAUUUAAAAGGUGGUGAAUUAUUGGAUAAAAUUUUCCGAGAAAAAUUUCUUUCUGAACGUGAAGCUAGUAAUAUCACUUAUGUGAUUGCAAAUACUUUAAGUUAUUUACAUAGUAAUAUGGUUGUCCAUCGUGAUCUUAAACCAUCCAAUGUAUUAUAUGCAGACGAUUCUGGUGAUGCAUCUUCCCUGAGAAUAUGUGAUUUUGGUUUUGCAAAACAAUUGAGAGCUGAAAAUGGUCUUUUAAUGACACCGUGUUAUACUGCAAAUUUUGUCGCACCAGAAGUGUUAAAAAUGCAAGGUUAUCAUGCUGCAUGUGAUGUAUGGAGUUUAGGUGUAUUAGUGUAUACAAUGUUAUUUGGACAAACACCAUUUGCAAUUAAACCAAAUGAAUCAUCUGAAGUAGUUUUAUCACGUAUAGAAUCUGGUCGAUUAGAUUUAAUCAAUAAUAAUUGGAAUAAAAUAUCUGAUUCAGCAAAAAAUCAUUUACCUCAUUACAAUUUGCUCUGCCAACGCCGUGCUUUCGCUGUACUGAGACUCUUCAUUCCGUCCGACAAAUUUUGAGGCCGUGUUCCUCAACAUACAACUUACAAGUAAUGUUGUGAGUACCGUUCACUACACUCAUGACACCAUAUAGAUUUAUUGACAAAAAUGUUAAAUCCUGAACCAUCUAAACGUUGUACAGCUAGCGCGAUCUUAUCACAUCCAUGGGUUAAAAAUCGUGAUCAACUGUCACCAGAAUUAUUGACCGACGUUUUGUUAAAUGAUGUCACUCAGACAAAAAAUUCAGUCGAAGCUACAUUUAGAGCAUUGAAUAGUACUAGUAAAAUACCAAUACUUGAACCAGUUGAAUGUUCUACAUUAGCUCAACGUCGUGUUCGUGCCAAAUCGAUUUUAACAAAUCAAAUCAAAGUAGAAGAAACGCAUUGAAUUUUCAAUGAAUCUAUUGUAAUAAGAAUAAAAUUAUUGUUUUAUUAUUUCCUUUUUUUCUCUCUUUUUUUACAUAUUUAAUCUCAUUAAUAUUCCAUUUCACUCAUUCUGCAUUCUUUAUCAUUUUUUUCCACAUAUUUGAUUAUUAUCUCUGUGUUUUUUUUUUAUAAUUUUAUUUCAUUGUACAUGUAAAAUAUCUGCCACUAACAUAUUUUUGUUGUUAUAUAAAUACAUAAUUCAAUUAGAAACUGUAAAUUUGAUAUGAGAACAUUUCUUUUUUCCCGCUCGAAAUGUUCAAUUAUAUAUUUUUUGUUGUUGUUUGUUAACGACAUUGUAUCUAAAUAAUUUACAUUGAUAUGCUUGUAAAAUGUAGACUAUAUUAAUGCAUAUAUUGUUACAUAUUUUAUACAGAACAUCCUUUAUUCACUAUCAACGUAUCAACUUUUAAUUCAUAAAAUGAUAUCAAUGAGUUUACCUGUAUAAAAAUAAACACGUUUCGCUCAUAAUAGCCUUAUCAUUUAGUAUUUUGUUAUUACUAUUAUUAUUACCAAUGAUAUGAUUGUGAUAUAUAUGUAUACCUUAACUGUCGUCUUUUAUUCAAAUUACACAAUGACAAUAAAUGGUUUUGUUUGUUUUUUAUUUCUUCAUUAUGAAUGUGUGAAAUUUAUGGUAAUGUUGUAUACGUUAGAGUUAGAUAGUUUAUUUGUACAGUUUUCAUUAUCAUUCUGAAUAAUAUCGUUAGGAUCUACUCAGUAUAGAAGUCAUUAAGUUAUUAUAACUGGAAAUUUCAUUUCUAUAUGAAGAAGACGCUAAUGAUGUUGUCUAGAUCUAUAUUGGGAGCUCUGCAAACAAAAUAUCUAAUUUAAAUAGCCACACAAUUUCAUAGGUGUUCAUCCACCGUUGUUGCAAGGUUUCUCUAUCAUUUCAAAAUGUAAGCGUUACUAUGUUUAUACUUUCAUCGUCUAGUCAUAUGAAGAGAGAGAGGGAAGUGUUUUUUUUCUUUUUUUAUUCUGCAAAGUGAUGUUUCCUUUUUCUUUAAUUUGACAUAUUUCAUUGUUUUAAAAAGGAGUUUCGUGUUCUCACACCAUCUUAUCUAUAUUCUGUUUUUAUUUUCUUAAGCAAGCUGUUUUUGUUCAGUAUUUCAUUGUAGAAUAUAUAUACAUAUAACAUUGUUGUUUUCAGUGUCAAAUAUUUAAAAACAAAAUAAUAAUUCAUAAAAUAUGAAUCGAAA